AUGAAGUGUGCUAUUCCUAUAAGACGACCAGCACGUUUGCCUACCAGCCCCGACACAUUCGGCAGAACUUUCGAACGCUUUUUAGCGCAAUUUGACAGGGCCUCACCAAGGACUGAGCUCGAGGCUCGAUUGAUAGGUGUCAGCGUGCCCGUCAGUAUUCCAUACGUCCACCCACGCUGCGUCACCUUUGCGAAAACCUCCCAAAGACAGACUUAUCUAGCACGCACGGAUGAGAAGUGGCAUCAUGACCUCGUCGCGCGGGAUACGUUCGAGGAGUUCUGGCAGGGCCCGAAGAGAGGUGCUAAGACCUGGAUCGCUCUUUUCGCUGCUCCCCAGGAUGGUCUUCACAACGGCCGGAAUAUGGACAUGGAGAUUUGGCACGCAUUUGCCUUGUUGAUCAUCAAAAGCCCGAGCGGAUACGGAAAGCAUGUGGUCAUUUGGGACUGCGACUGUGCAGAGCAACUUGACCUAGACGACGGUCAUAGGAUGCCUCGGCCACGCGCCACACACGUGCUCACGGGAUGCCAAAAGGAAUUGCUCAGGUUCAUCAAGAAGAAAAAAAGCAGCUUCAGGCUCUGGUACAACACAGAUGCGAGUUGGAGAUAUUCUGGAAGGUGUGUUCAAGCAUCAAUGUUGAAGGUGAAAAAUUGGUUCUCCUGUGGGGAUUUACCCUACGGGGGCGAAAAGGAUGCUCGGCUGAACAACUGCGUAGAGUUGUCCCUUACAUAG